AUGGUCUUCUUCAAGAGAUUCCUUGGUGCGGUGGCUGGUCUGGUUGCGCUGCAGACUGCAUAUGCCGCGCUUGACCUGAGCUCGAAUUCUACAAUCGUUGUAUAUUGGGGGCAAAACUCAUUUCAAGGGACUGGGGAUUUGGCACAGCAGCGGUUAGGGAAUUACUGCGAAGACUCGAACAUCGAUGUCCUAGUCCUUGCCUUCUUAACGACAAUCAAUGGCCCAGGUGGUGCUCCAGAGAUCAACUUUGCGAACGCAUCAGACAAUUGCACUACAUUCAGCGGGACGAACCUGCUGAACUGCCCUGAGAUUGGCGAGGACAUAGCAAAGUGCCAAGCGGCAGACAAAACAAUCCUCCUCUCCAUCGGCGGCGCGACAUACACCGAAGGCGGAUUCGCUUCUGAAACUGCGGCCAACGCAGGGGCGGACCUCCUCUGGGCGACCUUCGGCCCUGACAAUGGCGAUACCACAGUGCACCGACCCUUCGGCGAAGCAGUCAUCGAUGGCUUCGACUUCGACUUUGAAGCUACCGUCUCAAAUACCGGUGCUUUCGUAACGAGGCUUCGCUCCCUCGCAGACGCAGACACUUCAAAGGAAUACUACCUAACAGCAGCACCACAGUGCCCCUUCCCCGACGCCGCAGACAAGGACAUCCUCAACACCGACAGCUCAGCCGCCAUCGACGCAGUCUUCGUGCAAUUCUACAACAACUAUUGCGGUGUAAAUGCCUACUCCCCCGCUCGCAAAAUACCCAUUAGCGCCAGAACCAAGGCAGAUGCUAAACUUAGGGCACGGGCGAAUGACUUCAACUUCGACGUCUGGGACAACUGGGCCCUCACGGAGAGCAAGAACAAGAAUGUGCGUGUGUUUCUGGGCGUGGCAGCUAAUACGGGCGCCGCGAGCACGGGGUACCUGCCUGUUGCAAGUCUCGAGCCGGUGAUUUCCUACAGCCAGGGGUUCGAGAGCUUUGGAGGUGUGAUGAUGUGGGACGUCUCGCAGGCGUAUGGGAACCCGGGAUUCUUGGACGGGAUCGCGGAGGCACUUGGGAGGGAGGCGACGACGCAUUCCCCGACGGAGCCAGAAUCCCCGCAGCAGCCCCAGCAGCAGGAUGACGCUGCGUCUUCAGCACAGCAGAGUCAGAGCGAGUCUGCAACCGCAACUGCGAGCAACCCAUCACAGCAGCCCCAGCAGCAGAAUGACGCUGCGACCUCAACACAGCAGGGUCAGAGCGAGUCUGCAACUGUGACUGCAAGCACCCCGCCGCAGCAGCCACCGCAGCAGGAUGACGCUACGUCUUCAGCACAGCAGGGUCAGAACGAGUCUGCAACUCCAACUGCAAGCACCUCAGCACAGCAAGAUCAGAACGAGUCUGCAACUGCAACUGCAAGCACCUCAGCACAGCAAGAUCAGAACGAAUCUGCAACUUCAACUGCAAGCACCUCGGCACAGCAAGAUCAGGAUGAGUCUGCAACUUCAACUGCAGGCACCUCAGCACAGCAGGGUCAGAACGAGUCUGCAACUGCAACUGCAAGCACUGCACCGCAGCAGCAGCAACCACAAGAAACCCCGGCCGCUCCGCAAGAAAGCGCGGGAGAGCAGCAGCAGAACCAAGAUGUGGGCGACGAUCAGGAUCGGCCCUCGAACCUUCUUCCUUCGCUUCUGGGGCCAGUCGCCGAUCUGGGCUGGAUUCAGAUCUGA